UCCCAGGAAAGGGCCCUCCAUUAUCAGUCAUCCACUUGGCUUGAGACAGGUGCAUCUGUGUGCUGGGUCUUCGCUACGGUCUCAAGUGUGGGGAACGUGAUGACCAGUUAAAUAAAAUCAACCAACAUACUAUACCAGUAAAGAGGGUGAUGGCAGAUGUGCUCCACGUCUGCCUUUUAGGGCCACUCCAGAACCACUUGGGAGGGGAGGAGGUUUCAGGGAAUUCCAAGGGGAAGAGACCUUAGAGGCUGCAUCAGAGACAGUAACCUUUCUUUGGGACACAGCAAUGUAUCUGGAGUUCUGGCACUUCUUGUGCCAACCGCAGGAUGGAGUUGUUAAGCUCUUACAACAAGUUAGGACCGACAGAAAGGGCUUGGGUGGCACCCACCUCGGGCAGAGUAGAGCAGGGGAGAUCCUUUUCAAAGCAUGUAUAGGAACCUUUGGGGCAGAUGGGUGCUAAUGGAAGGACACAUACAUCCUGGAGUUGGAGGCUCAGGAAGAGACGAGCCCUGUGCACAGUAGAUACUGCUGGGAUCCACUUGUUUGGUCUGCAGUGUCCCUCUGAGGUAGGCAAAGCAGUCCUCCCUCUCCUAAGUUUUGUGGUACUAGGGGUUGAAUUUAAGAUCACUGAACUAUAUCCUGCCUGCCACCCCUUUUCAGUUUUAAGAAGUGGUCUUGCUAUGGUACCCAGGUCAACCUUAAACUCAUGUUCUUCUUGCCUCAGCCCAAAUAGCUAAAAUGAUAGGGGUUUACAACCAUGCCCCAAGUAGAAGCCAUUUUAUAGAUAUGAACACUUGGAUCCUGAGAAUAUCUGGAAGUGACAGGACAUUCCCUCAAUGGGAGCAAGGCAGUGCGGGGUGCUAGGGCUUGGACACUGUCCAAACACAAAAGCAGUGCCAACCAGUUGUCUACUAUGGAGUCAGUUCUUAACCCAAGGUCUCACUCAACAAACAGUCUUACUGUGGACUUGGGAGGGCACAACUCUGAGAAGGGGAGGCUGGGCAUGACCCUUCCCUGCAGAACCAGAGCCACAUGCUCUGGACGGAUUACCCUCACUGAAUACUUGGAAGGAAGGGGGUCAUGGGCAAUAGCUGACUGGGUCCUGCCCUUUCCCACAAAACGCCUCCUUCUGUGGUCACUGACCUGGCAGGUGGGGAAGGGCAGCUCUGAAGCCACAGUCUCAGCACGGUAUAUGAGGAGCAGUGCUAGAUGCAUUGUGGAGCAAAGUAUUGCCUCCUCUGUGAGCUGAGUAUUAGAAAAGCUUCGGAAAUUGCGCAUGGUGGCGCAUGCCUUUAAUCCCAGCACUUGGGAGACAGAGGCAGGAAGAGUUUGAGGUCAGCCUGGUCUACAUAGUAAAUUCCGGAACAGCCAGAGCUACAAAGAGACCCUCUCCAAACUCCCUACUCUUCCACCCCCACACCCCCACACCCAAGAAAAAACUUAAAAAGAAAUGCUUCUUCUGUACCGAAUCUGGUAACCAUUGAGCAGACAGGAAGAUAUCUUUGAGACCAGCCUGUUACCUCAGCUUCCUUCCCAGCCACUCACACCCGCCUGCUGGGAAUGUGAGCAGCAGGCUGUCAUGCCCAGGUUUGGCACCAGGGGCGCCAGAGCAGAUGUUCUGGGUCUGUGUAGGUAUCUGUAACCAGCUUGACAUUUGGCGUUCUGGUUUUAGGCCAAUUGAGGAUUAAUAGGGAGUUGGCUCCACCCUCAGCCCAGGUUGCCCCGCCUCUCCCACGGCCUGACCCUUGCGCAAAGCAUGCUGGUAGUUAUGGGCUGCGCAAGUCUGCAGGCCCACCACGCGAUAGGACCCGUCUGUUGCUCUGCAUUUUUCUCCCAGCUUCGGUACUUCCGGGGUAUCUGGGCCCCAGUGUGCGUGUCGGGAUUCCAGCCUGAUUGUCCCCGGCCCUAUGUAGGAGGACCAGAUCCUGACCUUUCAUCCUGAGCCAUCUGAUUCUACCACGAGCUGACCAUGCAUGGGAAGUUGCUGCCGCUGGCCGGCCUCUAUCUUGUGCAGGGUCUGCCCUAUGGACUGCAGUCCAGUUUGCUUCCCAUUUUACUGCGGGCCCGUGGCCUCUCUCUAACGCGCGUGGGUCUGACCAAGGGAUUGUAUGCUCCCUGGCUGUUAAAGCUGGCGUGGGCACCGCUGGUGGACAGGCGGGGCACCCCGCGGGUCUGGUUAACAUUCAGCACAGUGUGCCUGGGCCUCGUGUGUGGACUGCUGGCUGUGUUGCCUCCUCCGCAAGCUGGCCAGACAGGGCUACCUACCACCGUGAUGGGGCUGCUACUGCUGCUGAAUCUGGGUGCAGCAGUGCAGGAUGUGGCUCUGGACACACUCGCUGUGCAACUCCUAGAGCCAAAGGAGUUGGGACCCGGGAACACUGUACAGGUGGUAGCUUACAAGCUGGGAUCAGCACUGGCUGGGGGUGGACUGUUGGUCUUCUUCCCCACCCUCUCUUGGCCACUGCUCUUCUUGCUUCUAACUGCCACCUACUGGCUGGCUGCUGCCUUAGCCUGGGCUGCACCAGCAUUGGGCCGGCUGUCAAGGCCUCAGGUCUCAGAGCAUACACCCCACACCUCCUAUCUUCUACAAGAUUUGCUGGCUGUGCCUGGGACCCUCUGGACAGCAGGCUUUGUGCUCACCUACAAGAUGGGUGAGCAGGGUGCUGGCAGCCUGUUUCCACUUCUCCUGCUGGACCAUGGUGCUUCUGCCUCAGACUUGGGGCUGUGGAGUGGCUUGGGUGCUGCGACCUGCUCCAUUGCUGGCUCCUCCUUGGGUGGGGCUCUACUGGCCAGGCACUGGCAGCCACUGAAGCUGUUGAGGUCAGUGCUGCAGCUUCGACUUGGGGGUUUGGCCUGCCAGACCGCUCUGCUCCUCCACCUCAACACCCCAGGGGCCAGUCUGGACCCUGGCACAGUCAUGAGAGGAGCAGCUUUGCUGAGCCUAUGUCUACAACAAUUUCUGGGGGGUGUGGUCACUACUGCCACAUUCACUGUGAUGAUGCACUGUAGCCAGCUGGCACCCAGAGCCCUGCAGGCCACACAUUAUAGCUUCCUGGCCACGCUAGAACUGCUGGGCAAGCUGCUCCCAGGCACCCUGGCUGGAGUGCUGGCUGAUGGCCUGGGCCCCCGUCUCUGCUUCGCUGCCUUCCUUGUACUCUCAGCCCUGCCCGUUCUGGAUCUCCGCCUGGCACCCAGUAACCUGACCUGAGCUGGACCUCAGGGUUGUGUGUAAAGCCAGUGAAGCUCUGGAUGGCCUGGACGGCCAGGACACAGAAACGCAGCUAUCCGCAAACCGAGGGCUGUGUUCCCAGAAAGCACAUAAAGUUACUGAAGGCUCUUUA